AUCUUGAUCUUAUGUUCUUAAAAACGCCUUAGGUACUGGCUAUACACCUACUGUCUUAGCGUAAAUCGUGUUGACAAUCACACAUAACAUUUUUAUCAUUGAACAUUAUUAUUUCUCUUGAGUUAUUAAUUUAUUGUUAAAGUCAACACGGACGUUUCAUCGUUAAUUAUCAAUAACUGUUUUGAGUGACUAUUUCGAUUUUCGUUUACUGUACGCGUGUAAGCACUCAACUAUACGUUUUGUGGCGGACAGCAGACCACGAUGGCAAACGAGAGAACGUACGUAGUACCUAGCUUGUUGCAAACGGCAGCACCGAACGCUUGCACCGAGAUCGAGCGUGGCAGGUUCGACUUUCUGGAGGUACCGGACGUCGAUAUGCGACAUUGUUGCGAGUCGCUGUUAGAAAUAUUAAAAAUCGAGAAAAACCGAAACGAGGGCAACGAAGGACAGACCAUGUUCAUCAGGUUGCAGUUGACCAGCAAGGACAAGAGGUUUCUAAACAUAUGCGAGGAGGCAGCGUCGCACGGGCACAUAAAUUGCCUGAAACUCGCUCACGAGAUUGGCGUCCCUUGGAACGAUAAGGCGUGCAAACGGGCUGCGAGUUCGGGGCAUCUGGAGUGUCUACGAUACGCACGGGAAAACGGGUGCCCGUGGGACGAGAAUACGUGCAGCAAUGCCGCACAAAAGGGUCACAUUGACUGCCUGAUAUACGCACGGGAAAACGGGUGCCCUUGGGACCUUAAUACAUGUAACGGUGCCGCAAUGGGGGGUCACAUUGACUGCCUGAUAUACGCACGGGAAAACGGGUGUCCGUGGGACGAGAAUACGUGCAGCGAAGCCGCAUCAAAGGGUCACAUUGACUGCCUGAUAUACGCACGGGAAAACGGGUGCCCGUGGGACGCAGAUACGUGCAACUUUGCAGCGAAAUACGGACACAAGGACUGCCUAGUUUACGCACGGGAAAACGGUUGCCCUUGGAAUGAGAAAACUUGCAGCUAUGCCGCAUUGAACGGUCACAUGGACUGCUUGAUAUACGCACGGGAAAACGGGUGCCCGUGGGACGCGAAUACGUGCACCUUUGCAGCAAAGAACGGACACAAGGACUGCCUAGUUUACGCACGGGAAUACGGGUGCCCUUGGAACGACUGGACAUGCUUAAGUGCCGCAACAAACGGUCACAUGGACUGCCUGGUAUACGCCCGGGAAAACGGGUGCCCGUGGAAUGAGAAAACUUGCAGCUAUGCCGCUUUGAAUGGUCACAUGGACUGCCUGAUGUACUCACGGGAAAACGGGUGCCCGUGGGACGCGGAUACGUGCAACUUUGCCGCGAAGAACGGCCACAAGGACUGCCUAGUUUACGCACGGGAAAACGGGUGCCCUUGGAAUGAGAAAACUUGCAGGAAUGCCGCAUUGAACGGUGACAUAGACUGCCUGAUAUACGCACGGUUAAACGGGUGCCCGUGGGACGAGAAAACGUGCAGCUUUGCCGCAUUUUCCGGUCACAUUGACUGCCUGAUAUACGCACGGGAAAACGGGUGUCCGUGGGACGCGGAUACGUGCAACUUUUCCGCGAAGAACGGCCACAAGGACUGCCUAGUUUACGCACGGGAAAACGGGUGCCCUUGGAAUGAGAAAACUUGCAGCUAUGCCGCAUUGAACGGUCACAUGGACUGCCUGAUAUUUGCACGGGAAAAAGGGUGCCCGUGGAACGAGAAUACGUGCAGCUUUGCCGCACAUUCCGGUCACAUUGACUGUCUGAUAUACGCACGGGAAAACGGGUGUCCGUGGGAUAAGCAAACAUGGUUCUAUGCCGCAUCGAACUUUUAUGGCGCAUCGAUGUUUGGCGAGGACGUCGACAAGGAAUGCUUUGUUUACGCACGGGAAAACGGGUGUCCUGGUAACCCCAACUCGUACUUAAAUGCCGGAACAAUGGACAGCCCGAUGUACAGACUGCAGGCGGACUCGUUUCCGUGGGAUGUUGAUACGUGCACCUUAGCAACAAAGAACGAUCACAUGGACUGCGAGGUAUACGCACGUGAAAACGGGGGCGUAAUUCUGUUUUAGCAACCUAUCGAUUUUUCAAAUUUUUAUUUUACAUUCUUACAAAUCAACAUUAAACACUCAUUUUGAAAAAUCGAUAGGUUUGCUAAAUAAGGUGUCAAAACGGGUGCCCUUGAGACGAGAUGAAGUGCACCUACGCUGAACGGUCUCAUACCGAUUGUUCUACACAAAUAUUUGGUUGCCCCAAGGCCUAAUCAAUUCAUCAUAACUAGAAACUCAAGUAAUAUUUUAUCGUCAAUGUUUUUAUUCAUGUGACACAUCGACUGUCUUUUUUUUAUUAUGAUUGUAUAUGUUACAAGUUCUUAGAAUAUAGAAUAUUUUGUAUCCUGCUAAGGGCCAAUACACCAACUUAAUAUUGUAAAUUAUAAAUAAAAAGUUUGAUAAUCAUUAUAUAUUUUAA